AUGGGCUCACGACAGCACGUCCGGGAUAUCAAAGCCGGCCCCCCGCUUCCAUAUCAGGAUGAUAUCAGAGCUCACACAAGAGAGUAUGCUGAAGCUCUCGACGCCCAAGAUCCGCUGCGUCAGUUUCAGGAUGAGUUUAUUGUUCCUUCAAAGAAUGACCUAAAGAGAAGGGUCCUGGCAGAAGACAAGGAACAUGAUGAAACGUCCGACUCGAGAUGUAUCUAUUUAUGUGGUAACUCACUGGGUGUGCAACCAAAAAGCACCCGGCGAUAUAUUGAACAGUAUCUACGAACAUGGGCCACAAAAGGCGUCACCGGGCAUUUUGUCCCGCAUGACGACCAAUUGCUUCCUCCCUUUGUCGAUGUCGACACCGCCGGCUCCAAGCUGAUGGCGCCAGUUGUGGGUGCACUUGAGAGCGAAGUGGCUGUUAUGGGGACCUUGACUGCGAAUCUACAUUUCCUGAUGGCAAGUUUCUACCGUCCAACCAAGGAGAAGUAUAAGAUUAUCUUGGAGGGCAAGGCCUUUCCCAGUGACCAUUAUGCAAUCGAGUCUCAAAUUCGACACCACAACUUGGAUCCAAAGGAUGCCAUGGUCUUGAUUGAACCCGAGAACCAGGAUCACCCCGUUCUCAGCACAGAACAAAUCAUCAAAACAAUCGAUGACAACGCCUCCAGUACUGCACUGGUUCUGCUCUCUGGAAUCCAAUUCUACACAGGACAGUAUUUUGACAUCGAACGCAUCACAGCACAUGCGCACUCAAAGGGAAUUCUAAUCGGAUGGGAUUGUGCUCAUGCUGCCGGAAACGUGGACCUACGCCUGCAUGAUUGGAACGUCGAUUUUGCAGCAUGGUGCAGCUACAAGUAUUUGAACAGUGGCCCUGGCGGUAUGGCAGCACUAUUUGUCCACGAACGCCAUGGCCGUGUGGAUGAGAAGCAGCCUGACAGCGACGAGACAUUCCGUCCACGCUUUUCGGGCUGGUGGGGUGGUGAUAUCAAGACUCGAUUCAACAUGGUGAACAAGUUCACACCUCAACCCGGUGCUGCUGGUUUCCAGCUCUCUAACCCCUCCGUUCUUGAUAUGAACGCCGUUGUCGCCUCACUGGAGAUAUUCAACCGUGCUACCAUGCAGGAAAUUCGCAAGAAGUCACUCAAUAUCACGGGUUAUCUUGAGCAUCUGUUGCUCAAGUAUCCUCUGGACGCCUCACCAAAGGACAAGCCCUUCAGCCUGAUUACGCCUUCCAAUCCAGCCGAGCGUGGUGCCCAGCUUAGUCUGCGGCUUCAACCGGGGCUUCUUGACCACAUUUUGCAUCACUUGGAGGAGCAUGCGGUGGUCAUUGAUGAGAGAAAGCCAGACGUUAUUCGUGUGGCCCCUGCCCCGCUCUACAAUACCUACACAGAGGUAUGGGAAUUUUGUCAAAUAUUCUUGGAGGGUUGUCGUGGGGCAGUCAAUGCACGUGGAUGA